UCUCUUUGAGGAUACAAAAUCAUUUUGUAUUCAAUAUAAUAUCAUUGUGCCAAACAUGUUGGAUACAACCACUGCUAGAGGUCGCUCAAGAGGUCGUGGAGUGGCAACAACAUUUGUGGAGAUAACUUUCUCAUCUAUGAAUAUCAUUAAAACUGAGUUGCGGAAUAAGACAGGAGACGAAUGGCUUAACCAUCGUAUGGUGUGUUAUAUUGGGAGGGAUAUAUUUACAAGCAUUGAUGAUGCAAAGAUAUUGGAUUAUUUUCAAGGCAUGAGAACCCGCAGGGUGAAUCUACCUCGUACUAGUGGUUCUGGAGCAAGAAGCACUGAUGUUGAUGUCGACAUGAUACAUUUGGAAGGAGCUACAUCAUAACUUGUAUGUCAUCUUUAACAUCUAUGACAAUGUUGUUUC